AUGUGUCCGUCGAACGCCAACAUGACUGAUGCCACAAGACAGAAAUUCCUGGUAAUACUAUCACAAACAUACCUCAGGUCGCGUGUCGCCAAUGGACUAGAACCGGAUGCACUUGGUGGAAAUGCCCCAAAAGCUUCGCAAAUGCUGAAAAUGGUUUACGACUGCAGCGUGGAAGCAUCUGCUAUACUGCACAGCCAGAAAUGUGUCUAUGAGCAUUCCUUGCCAGGUGAUCGUGUUGGGCUCGGCGAAAACCUCUACAUGACAUCGAUGUUGAACGCUGACAGAGUUGCCAGCGCCGCAGAGUCCUCGCAGCUGUGGUGGGAUGAACUAAAAGAGUACGGUGUGGGACCAGCGAAUAACCUGACCCAAGCGCUAUGGGACAGGCCCAAUAUGCAGAUUGGUCAUUAUACACAGAUGGCAUGGGAUCGCACGUAUAGACUUGGUUGCUCAAUACAGCACUGUGCGACCUUCACUUAUGCGGUCUGCCAAUAUGGCCCAGCAGGCAACUACAUGAAUCAGUUAAUCUACACAAUGGGAGAUCCAUGUACGAGCGAUGCGGGCUGUCCAGGAUCAUACACCUGCAGUGUAUCUGAAGGACUUUGUAACGUAGUCUAG